AUGUCUUACUACGGCAGCAGUUUGGCACUUCAAUCCGACGACCAAAUGAAACAGGAAUUGAAAAACAAAGCACCAGUGCCAUGGAUUGGCAUGUAUGUUGCAGCAGCAUCUCUAGUCUGCUCCCUUGCAAUGGCUGCUGAUCUCUUCCAUGGGUUCCGCCACAAAAAACUUUGGUUUCCAUGCAAAUUUUUUACCCUCAAUGCCGGUACUUUGACAUUGUUAGCUGUGGCUAUGAAGCUACCAAUUUAUAUAAGUACCGCCAUGCCAACAAAGGCUGAUCAACUGGCUAAACUUAGCAGCACCAUUUUCAUGUCUACAGCAAUGGGUAAUCUUAUGCCAUCUUUAGGAACGAUGGAUGACAGAGAAAUUCUCAUGAACCUAACAGCCUUAGGUAUUCUGGUAAUCACCAUUUUCGUGAAUGUCUGCAUUCAAUUACACACCGGCCUAUUGAGUAAUUUUCUUGUAAUAGAACAUAUUGCAGUUAUGCUUUUCAUGCUUGUUUUGCUUGUUAUAUUGAGUUUCUCAGCUCUGACGGUUCCAACCACCAAAAAACACAUGCAACUGAAGUACGCUGGUAUGCACAAAUUGGCUUCAAGCGAAGAAUUAGAGGAAACUGAAAAGUUUACAUUUGAUGCACUGAAAAGGGAUGUGAAAAAAUAUUGGAUGUUGGCAGAAACAAGCAGUCCUCAGUUUGUAAUGGCACGCUCCAUGACUAGCUCUGCUGCAGGGGCAAUCUGCUUUCUGACUACUUUCAUUUUAGUAGAAGCCUCACUCAAGAUGAUCAGGCACCCCAGAUACUCCAGGUACUUCAGUUACCCUCCGAAUACCAUAUCAGAUUAUGGGGUGUCAACAGUAUUUAUUUAUCAUAUUCAGAGAAUUGGAGUGCUAGUAGGUACAAUUGCCCAAGUAUUUAGAUGGUUCAUUGCCGCAAAACUGAGGCUCUCGGAGAAAAUAUGCAAGACCUACAAAACUGAGAUGAAAACAGAGAACUAUUGGAUAGCAAGGCUGGUUGGGUGGAAAGAGGGCCGUUUAUGUCACGCCCCGAAAAUCCUAAAAAAACCCUCAAUUUAUACAAAUUAA